AUAGGUGUGACACAUAAUACAGUUAGAAAUAACUAGAACAUAGUUAGAAAGUCAUUGUUUUCUCAUAAAAUUACAGUGUUGAAUGUAUCUGCAUCUUUGUUUUGAAUAUUCCUCUCCCUCCCUUAUCCUCAGCAGGUAGCAGCCCAGCAUGAGGCCUGAGAACCAGAGCAGCGUGUCCGAGUUCCUCCUCCUGGGGCUCCCCGUCCCCCUGGAGCAGCAGGGCAUGCUCUUCGCCCUGUUCCUGGGCAUGUACCUGACCACAGUGCUGGGGAACCUGCUCAUCAUCCUGCUCGUCAGGCUGGACUCGCGCCUCCACACCCCCAUGUACUUCUUCCUCAGCCACCUGGCCCUGUCUGACGUCUCCCUUUCAUCCAUCACUGUCCCAAAGAUGCUGAUGAACAUGCAGACUCAAUGCCUGUCUAUCACCUAUUGCGGGUGCAUUUCGCAGGUGUAUUUCAUUGUAUUGUUUGGUUCUCUUGAUAGCUUUCUCCUCGCAGUGAUGGCAUAUGACAGGUAUGUGGCCAUCUGUCACCCUCUCCACUACACCAGCAUCAUGAGGGACGAGGUGUGUAUCCUCCUUGUGGUUGGGUGCUGGCUCUCCUCCUGUGCCCAGGCUCUCCUGCACACCCUCCUUGCGAACCAGCUGUCCUUCUGUGCAGGGACGACCAUUCCGCACUUCUUUUGUGAUCUUGCUGCUGUGCUCAAGUCCUCCUGCUCAGACACCUCCCUCAACGAACAGCUUCUCUUUGCUGAAGGUGGACUGGUUUUCCUCGUGUCGGUGAGUGGGAUCCUAGGAUCAUAUACCCGCAUGGCAGUCAUCAUCCUGAAGGUCCCCUCCCUCAAAAGAAUCUCUAAAGCCUUGUCUACAUGUGGCUCCCACCUCUUCGUUGUUUUUUUAUACUAUGGGACGAUUGCAGGUGUUUACUUUUUCUCCCCCUCCAGCAAGUUCAAAGAGAAGGACGUCAUUGCCUCAGUGUUGUAUAUGAUGGUCACCCCUAUGCUGAACCCCUUCAUCUACAGCCUGAGGAAUAACGAUAUGAAAUGUGCUCUUCAGAAAAUUUUCAGAACCAAGGACACCCCAAGGAUUAAAUCAAUCCCACUGUAAUGGGCACGCAUGGGGCUUGUAAAAUAGGUCUUCUUAAAUGUUGGACAUGUCGUCACUGAUACCAACCUUCUCUCAGUCUCACUCUGUGUCCUCUUCCCUCUUUCUUCAUCAGACUGUUUUUCCCUACCUGCUCUUUAAAUCCUGUAUAUAUUUCCUCAGUGAAAUUCCAAGUCCUCCUGUGAUGUUCACAGCAAGUUUAUGAGUCUCUGAGUCCACGUCCCUGGGAUUUAAGAAAUUUUAUCUCUGUCAUUUUCCUCAAUGAGGCUCUAUAUACCCACAAGGCAGUCAUCAUCCUGAAGGUACUCUUAGCAGCACACACUCACACAGAUUUUCUUGAUACAAGCAAACUUCAUUUAUUUCAUAUGUGAAGAAUUCAUAGGAAGUUAUCAAAAUCUUUCAUCU